GUGGACGUAUUCAAUAAUGUCCUAACGGACGAAAAACGAACAAAACGAGAAAGGACUUACCUGGACUUGUCCAAUAAGAAGCCUGUAGCUUUGCAACAAAACGCGUAUGGUAUCAAAAGUUAUUCUACGUUUUGUUACGAUGUGAAGUAAUGAAUACGCCCAGUUUAAGAGACAGCGCGGAUGACUUUCUAUGAACAUGGCCGCCCAAGAUGAACUCAAUCAACUGGAACGCGUGUUCCUGCGUUUGGGUCAUGCCGAGACAGACGACCAACUCCAGGACAUCAUCUCCAAAUUUCUGCCCCCAGUUCUCCUCAAACUUUCCAGCGUCCAGGAGGGAGUCAGGAAAAAGGUGAUGGAGCUGCUGGUUCACCUGAACAAGAGGAUAAAGAGCCGUCCUUUGAUCCAGCUCCCAGUGGAGACCUUGUUGGUUCAGUACCAGGAUCCUGCGGCCGCCUCCUUUGUCACGAACGGUGGAUUCUCUGUGCAGAAUUUCACCAUCAUUUACAUCAAGAUGGGCUACCCCCGACUGGAAGUGGGCAAGCAGUGUGAGCUGGCACCGACCCUGCUUACCGCCAUGGAGGGCAAACCCCAACCACAACAGGACAGCUUGAUGCACUUGCUGAUCCCAACCUUGUACUACAUGAAGUACCCCAAGGACUCCUCCAACACCACCAAGAUGGCCGCUCCCUUCAUCCUAAUGGAGAAGCCCAAGACAGUGCAGCUGCUGCUGGAGUUCAUGCUGGACGUCCUGCUGAUGCCCUACGGGUUUGUCCUGAACGAGCCUCCCGCUCGCCCAGCUCCCUCGUCCCCCCAGGGUAGUGCCGGGGCUGCGGCAGCGCCGUCCGGAAUGGGCCUCCCACAGCCCCCUCCGGGGAUGAGUGUCUACGCUGCCAAGAGGGUCAUCGGGGAGGCCCAGUGGAGCCCUGAACAGCUGGAGCAGUGUAAACUGGGCAUAGUGAAGUUCAUCGAGGCUGAGCAGGUACCAGAGGUAGAGACGGUCAUACACCUGGUGGUGGCCUCUAGCGACACCCGACAUGGAGUUGCCACGGCAGCAGAUCUGGAGCUCAAGAGCAAGCAGAGUAUUAUCGACUGGAAUAACCCCCUGAUCGUCAACAAGAUGUACAAGGUUUAUCUGGGAGACAUCCCACUCAAAACCAAGGGAGCCAGUCUGAAGAGAGAGCUGAAGCAUGAGCCAGUCAGUACCAGAGUGAAGCUGAAGAUCUUACCACACCUUCUUCGCUCACGCCUCGCAGCAGAGUGUUUCCCUGCUAACAUACAGGUGGUGUAUGAUGGCCUGUUUGGAGCCAACACCAACAACAAGCUUCUGUCUCUCACUCUUCAGUUUGUCCACCACAUCUGCCAGAUAUGCCCCGACACCAACAAACCCCUGGGCCUGAUGCUCCUCAACGGCCUGACCAAGCUCAUCAACGAGUACAAGGAGGACCCCAAGCUGCUCUGCAUGGCCUACGCCGCCGUGGGCAAGCUGUCCAGCCGGAUGCCUCAACUCUUCACCAAGGACAUCGCCCUGGUCCAGCAGUUCUUCGAGGCCAUGUGCAAGGAGGAGCCUGAUGUGCGUCUGGCCAUACAGGAGGCCCUGUCCAUGAUGGUCGGCGCUUACGCCAACCUCCAGGGGGCGCUACUCAACCUGAUGGAGGCACUGGUGGCGGCUUACAUGGGAAAGCCCGAGGUGCAGGUGCGCCAGGUGGCCAUGAAGUAUGCCAGCACGGUAUUCGCUUCUGAUCACGUGCCCUCCAGAUAUCUUCUCCUAUUGGCUGCCGGGGACACGAGAGAGGAGGUGAGCGGUGAGGCCCAGCGUGUUCUGAGGGCUCUGCCUGCCAAGAGCUCAGAGAAGGAGGGGUGCAAGCCCAUGCCCUCCUUCCCCGACAUGGUGACCUACAUCCAGGAGAAGGCUGCCCAGAGGAUGAAGACGCCGGCUAAGUACAUCGUGGGGACGUCCAUUCUCCCCUUCAACCCGUCUGCUUUUGGCGAGAUCGUCCUGUACCUGCGCAUGUGCUUGGCCCACAGUGCCGGGGCCACGCCCGUCUCUAAGAGCCUGGCGGACAUGCAGGACGACGCCCCCGCCAUCGGACGCUACGUACAGACCCUGCUGUCCAACGACGCCCUGACCCCGCCCUCCUCCAUGGGGACCAAGGGGGCGGAGACCAACCCGGUCCAGGUCUACAUGGAGCUGCUGCAGCAACUGCUGUCUGCCAUAGGAGGCGUUCCGGUGAUGUACUGUCUUCUCGAGGUGGUGUCCAUCUGUCCUGAAAAACUGGCCCCCAGGUUUAUUGACAAGAUAGACUGGAUCAAGAGUCUGAUGAACACCAACAAGGAGGACAUGCGAGAACUAGCAGCCCAGCUAUAUGCUGUGGUGGUGUCAACCAUGUCAGGCAAUGAGCUGAAGACUGCAGUGCAGACACUUAUCAAGAUCACUAAAGACACGCACAGUCCUGAGACCCAGCACGGAGCCAUCAUGGCCCUGGGCUACAUGGUGGGCAGGUACAUAAACAAGAGGAAGUCUUUCACCAAUGGAGACUCCGCCCUCAACCGGGAGCAGAGGAUGAGUGCCACGACCAAAGAGGAUGAGGAGCUGGUCGCUAUAGCAACCAAAGCCAUCGGUUCUUUCAUGGACAGCGGCUCGUCCCUCCUGGCCGUGGCGGCGUGCACGGCCCUGGGCGAGAUGGCGAGGAACGGCCCCCUGCUCAUCCCCUCGGAGGGGGAGGGCUUCACCAAGAUGGCCAUGGUGGACAACAUGCUGGCCCGCAUCCCCUCGGGGAAGGAAUCCCUCAAGAUGAAGGAGAGGGCCAUCCAGACUCUGGGAUAUCUACCGGUGGGAGACGGGGACUUUGCCCACCAGAAGAAGCUCAUUCAGGGGCUCAUGGACUCGGUGGAGGCCAAACAGGUGGAACUGCAGUUCACAGUGGGUGAAGCCAUUACCAGUGCUGCUAUAGGAACCAGUUCUGGUGCCGCCAGGGACCCAUGGACCUGUACUGAAGAACAGUACACACCACCAGACAAUGUGAAGAGUAAUGAUGUGGUUCCUUGGGUGUUGAACUCGAUCCUCUCCAAAUACAUCCCGAGUCAGAACCCCCAUGUAAGACAGGCCGCAUGCAUUUGGCUGCUCUCCGUGGUCAAGAAGCUCCACCAGCAUAAGGAGAUCAGGUCUCACCUGAAGGAGAUUCAGACGGCGUUCAUCUCCAUCCUGUCAGACCCAGACGAGCUGAGUCAGGACGUGGCAUCUAAAGGCCUGGGUCUGGUGUAUGAGCUGGGGGAGGAGGGAGAUCAGCAGGAGCUGGUGUCGACCCUGGUGGAGACCCUGAUGACGGGGAAGAGGGUGAAGCAUGCAGUGUCUGAGGACACUGAGGUGUUCCAGGGGGAGACUCUGGGGAAGGCGCCUGACGGCCAUGGCCUCUCCACCUACAAAGAGCUGUGCUCAUUGGCCAGCGACCUCAACCAACCAGAUCUGGUCUACAAGUUCAUGAACCUGGCCAAUCACCACGCCAUGUGGAACUCCCGCAAGGGAGCAGCAUUUGGGUUUAACGUCAUAGCGACAAAGGCUGGGGAACAGCUGGCUCCCUAUCUGCCCCAGCUGGUGCCACGCCUCUACCGCUACCAGUUUGACCCCAAUCUAGGCAUCAGACAGGCCAUGACGUCCAUCUGGGACGCCCUUGUCACGGAUAAGAACACGGUGGAUAAGUACUUGAAGGAGAUCCUUCAGGACGUUAUAUCGAAUCUGACCAGUAACACCUGGAGGGCCCGAGAGUCCGCCUGCCUCGCCCUCAACGACCUCAUCCGGGGGCGGAACGGCGACGACCUCAUCGACCACCUGGCGGAGAUCUGGGAGACCCUGUUCAGGGUGCUGGAUGACAUCAAGGAGUCAGUCAGAAAGGCUGCCGACAUCACCCUAAAGACGCUGAGCAAGGUGUGUGCCCGGAUGUGCGAGUCAUCCAGCGUGACGUCCCAGCGGACCGUGGCCGUACUCCUGCCCGCCCUGCUGGACAAAGGCAUCGUCAGCAACGUCCCGGAGGUCCGCUCUCUCAGCAUCCAGACCCUGGUGAAGGUGUCUAAAACGGCGGGGAGCAGGUUGAAGCCCCACGCCCCCCGUCUCAUCCCGGCUCUGCUGGAGGCCCUCAGCGUUCUGGAGCCUCAGGUCCUCAAUUACCUCAGCCUUCGAGCCACCGAGCAGGAGAAGACUGCCAUGGAUGCAGCCAGACUCAGUGCUGCCAAGUCCUCCCCUAUGAUGGAAACCAUCAACAUAUGUUUACAGCACCUGGAUGUGUCCGUUCUGGGGGAGCUGGUCCCCAGGCUCUGUGACCUGCUGAAAGGUGGAGUGGGGCUGGGCACCAAGGGUGGAUGUGCCAGUGUGAUCGUGUCCCUCACAGUCCAGUGCCCUCAGGACCUCACCCCCUACUCAGGUAAACUGAUGAGUGCCCUGCUGAAUGGGAUUCAUGACCGUAGCAGUGUGGUCCAGAAAGCCUUUGCCUUCGCCAUGGGACAUCUAGUCAGGACAGCAAAGGACAGUAGUGUGGAGAAACUUCUACUGAAACUCAACACCUGGUACCUGGAGAAAGAAGAGCCGGUGUACAAGUCGUCGUGCGCCCUGACAGUCCACGCCAUCAGUCACUACAGCCCCGACGUCCUGAAGGGGCACGCGGUCGUAGCCCUCCCCCUCUCCUUCCUGGGGAUGCACCAGGCCCCGGGGCCAGACGAGGAGAAGGGGGAGAGCCACGACGCCACGCUGUGGAAUGAGGUCUGGCAGGACCACGUACCAGGGAGCUUCGGUGGAAUCCGCCUCUACAUGACGGAGCUGAUCGACAUCACCCAGAAGGCUUUGCAGUCCCAGUCGUGGAAGAUGAAGGCCCAGGGUGCAGCAGCCAUGGCGUCCAUUGCCAAGCAACAGACCGGCUCCCUUGUGGCGCCUCAUCUGGGGAUGGUUCUGUCAGCUCUGCUGCGGGCGCUGGCCGGGCGCACCUGGAACGGAAAGGAAGAGCUGCUGAAAGCCAUCGGCUCAGUGGUGUCCAAAUGCAGUGGCGAGCUCCAGAAGUCGUCCCCGGGUCAGCCCAGUGUCCCGGAAGUCAUUGAGCUGGUGUUGAAGGAGUGUCGUAAAGACAACCUGGUCUACAAGAUGGCCGCCCUGGGCUGCGCCGCCGACGUCCUGCAGGCAACACAGGAGGAUCGCUUCAGCGACAUGGCCGACAUCCUCAUACCGCUCAUCAAGAAGAACUCUGCAGCAACAUCUAGGAUUCGGCACGACAGCGACGACGACCGGGAUGAGAAGGAAAAGGAGCUGCAGACAGAAGCUCUGCUCUGUGCCUUCGACACGCUGGGCAAGACAUGGCCCAAAAACACACAAACCCAGGAGCGUUUCCAGUUGGACCUGUGCUGUCUGAUGUGUGAGCGCUUGAAGCUCAGUACCUGGAGAGUCCAGCUGGGGGUGCUGCAGUCUAUGAAGGCCUACUUCCAGGGACUGUUACUUUUGGAAAAAGAGAGGGACAGCCAGGAUCUGACUGUCCUGUCCCAGAUCCUGACGGAGACAUGCUGCGCUCUGACACACCCACUAGAGAACAAGAGCUAUUCCUCUGUGAGGACCGAAGCGUUGUCUGUUGUUGAACUACUGGUGCAGAGGACAGGCGAGAGCGGCCAGUGGGGCUGUAUGUCUGGGAAGAGUCGCGAGCUGCUACAGCGUUCGCUGUCCACGCUGCAGACAGACAGCCGACCAGACCUACGAGACAAAGCCCAGGAGCUACGUCGACACAUCCAGAGUCAGCCCUGAACAAACACACACACACACUCUCUCUCAGCCCUGAAAAUGCACUCACUCAUCCCUUUAGAAUCAACUGUAAACACACCGUCUUGAAUAUACCACUGAAACCAACCCGGACAGGUGAUCACGGUCGGGCAUUGCGUCGACGGGCAGCCGCCAGGCUCAUUCUAAACGGACUGUGUCACAGAACGCCAUUCAACCUGCAGGAGUUGUGUGUACCUCCACAACAGCAUUACGUUCUCUCAUAGCACAAACAAGGAUGUUGGGGGAGCAGAAAAUCCCAUUCCAGCUGAAGGGGGGCUCUUUCGUAGGUGUCAGUGUAUCAUGUUUGGCGGGGGGGGGGGGCUCACCUGGAUAGGAUGCCACUAAUGUCAGAACUGAGGUUUUGUAGCAUGUUAGUAGAAUUAGGUUAAGAUUAGACGAGCAAAUUUACAUCUAGUUUUGCAGCCAAUUUGACACGAGGGGCAUUUCCUCUUCGACCUACCAGUGUGAGGAAGAAUGGGGUGCUGUUGUGGGCAUACGACUGCGGUCAGCGAGUCCAGGUUUAUGUAAGACCCAGGGCGUACAUGACUUUGUUCCAGCCCAGCACUAACACACCUGCAUUGUAUUCACUAGAAACCAAAGGGGCCAAUAUGGGCAGGGACCGAACAGAGUUUGUCAUUAGAAAUGCUUGUUUUUUUUUAUGUUCUGUUGCGAAAUGCUUUCGCUACGGUGUGCCCUAAUGAACACACCCGGCCUGGGUGGAGAGAAUCAGGUGCAGGGCUGAAACAAAUAUCUGUUGCUAACCCUCUUACAAGUCGUUCUCCAGGACCAAGGGUAUUGUCCAGUGGUUAAGGAAUGUUUGUGUUUGAAAUGAUCUCUGGUUUGCAUGUUAAAAAUAAUGGGUGCAUUUAAAAAAAAAAAAAAAAACUAUUUU